GUCUACUACGUAAAGUAGUCGCUGUGAGUAACGAACGCGCUUUUUUGCAUAUCAGCAAAGUAGAAAGAAACAGAAAUAGCCAUAAUAAUAAAAAAAAUCAAAAAAAAAAAAAUAAUAAUAAGAAACGGACGGGUUCGAGAAAAAAAUAUAAAAAAAAUAUUUGUGCACAUAACGCGCCAAUAAAACGAAAACGUUUUUCUUUCGCUAAGCAAAAAAGUUAAAACAAUUUCAUUUUAACCAAAAAAAAUAGAGUUUUUUUAUUUAAGCAAAAUUUUUAAAUUAAUAGAACUUCAAACUGGAUAAUUUACAAAGUUACGUCAUUGUUUGGACCUCGGCUGUAGGAACAAAACCACCGCUGUAUAAGAAACCUAGACAAAAUCACCACCGAUUACGUCCCCGUCUAAUUAAAUUCGAGCCAGUCUAAGUGAAAAGUCGCCGCACAAUUGUGUGUGUGAGUCUGUCUGUGUGUGUGCACAUGUAUGUGUGUUUUCGUAGACCUGUAUUUUGGCCUGAAACAACAAACCACACUGCACAGAGUCAGAUUUGUUGGGAAUUCAAAUUUUGAAAAUUUAAGAUCGAUUCGACGAGUAGCCCAGACCGUAGCUAGCAACAGCAACACCACCUGUUCUAAGACUUAAGAAUCGGGUGAAGCUCCCAAAACAAGGUAAGCUGUUGUUCGUGUGUGGCCGGAAAGGGCUCCAAGUCGGCCGUUUAGUGGGCAAAAGAAAAGUGCCAAUAUCAAGAAACUAGUCAAACUGAAGCAGUUGUCGGAAGACGUUACGGUGCUGUUGAAAAUCGAAAAAAUGGACAGCAUCGUCGAGGAGAACGGCAACUCCUCGAAUAACAUAGACGAUACAGCGGGCGGUGGCAAUGGUAGUGGCGGAGGUGGCGGCGGCGGUCACAAUCUAUCCAUAACAUCAUCCUCACAACAACCUGCCACGGUACAAGCGACACAAAUGAAUCUAUCAAACUCAAAUAGUGUACAACAACAACAACAGCAGCAGCAGCCACCACCUCCUAGCCAACAAACACCGGUACCGGUGCCGAUAUCGGUGGCAGCGGCCGCUGCUGCGGCCCUAGCAGCUGGUUCUGUUUUGACCACUACCUCCAACGUUGUACAAUAUUUACCAACUCCACAUAGUUUGCCCGUUCAAUCUGUAAUACAAGCAGCCAAUCAAUCGUCGGUCAUACAAACAGCGGCCGGUAACAAUUCACAGACACAUGUUGCCAUACCCAAGGGCACUGUUGUAUAUAAAAAUAAUGCCACAGUUAUACACACAACAUCAGGCAAUGCUGUCCAACUUCCUCCAAAUUUUCCCUGCAAGAUAAAACCAGAACCGAAUACACACCACCUCGACACAAACAGUGAAGAUAGUUACACCGAUGAGGAUUCACCACGUGGCCGAAGGGAACUUACACGACGACCAUCGUACAAUAAAAUCUAUUCGGAAAUUAGUGGACCCGAUAUAACAGGUGGACCAAAUUUACAAAUGUCAGACAAUGUUGGUAUACCCGCCUUAGCACCUGGUUCGGCUGGAUCCGGAACUGGUUCUUUAAUACAUUUACCUCCAGAUAAUACAUCAACAUUUUAUUUAGCCAAUAGGAUACCAUAUAAUCCUAAUAACAAUGUCAUGGCCGAGGAUCAAACGCGAAAACGUGAAAUACGCUUGCAAAAGAAUCGUGAGGCAGCCCGAGAAUGUCGCCGGAAAAAGAAGGAAUACAUCAAGUGCCUGGAGAAUCGUGUGGCGGUGCUGGAAAACCAAAACAAGGCUCUGAUCGAAGAGCUGAAAUCGCUCAAAGAGCUUUAUUGUCAGACCAAAACAGAUUGAGACAGACCCCCCAGUCUGGAUAGUGUGAGCAUUAUUAAAGAUAACCGCCAGCAUACCAGAGAAGAAGACGAACAACAGCAACACGAAGAAAGAGAGGAGGAGGUAAACGAAGAAGAAGAACACAUAGUUGAAGAAGUGAUUGUAGAACAAACAGUUGUCGAGGAAUUGAGUGAAACGGAAAUUGAAAAUCAUGAACAAAUUGAGAUGGCAAUUCCCAACAACCGGAUCUUGGUUUUGAGCAAGUCUCCGGGCUCAGCUACAUCCAGCAUAGCAACACAGCAGCUAACAGGCUCCUCCUGCUCUACAGCCAAUUCUUUGCUAACAGCUGCCGUUUCUGCUGCCUCUGCCUCUACUGCUCCGCCCUCGGUUAUAACCUUACACAAUGCCCACUAUCUAGAUGUACGAAAAUCUUUGCUUCUACACAAAGCUUUGGUGGAGGAUCCAAAACAAGGUAGAGUGGUAGUGGUGUGUGCCACCACUCCAACAACAACGGCAACGGUUGCAGUUUCUCCUCCCACUGCUGUCACUUCUUGCAUAAGGCCCACUACCUCGGCUGUAAAUGAUUGUGAACCUGAUUAGAAAUUUAAUAAAACGUUUUUCUUUUUUCUUCUUCUACUUUUUGCAAAUAAAACAAAAUUUAAAUAUUUUUUGAAGAAAAAAAAAUGAUGAACUCAUGGCGCCUAAAAACAAAACAAACAAAAAAGAGAAACACAAAAGUCAACACAAAAUUAAUUUAUUUAAAAUUUAUUAUUUUUUUGUAAAUAUUCUGCCCCCUUCAAAAAUAUGUCUUAACUUUAAAAAGGUUAUAGGCAAAAAAAUUAAAUUUAAAAUUUCGUAUUAAAAAACCAAAAGUUUUUGGGUUUUUGAAAAGGAAAUUUUAAAAUAGUCCAAAAAAAGUUAUUUUUGUUAAAUUUUCCAUUUUCAUUUUUGUUAGGCUCAAAUCAAAACCAAGCAACUAAUUAAAGGAAAAAUUGAUUUGUCCAAAAAAAAUUGUUGUCUAAGCUAGGAGAAAAAACACAAACAAAUGAAGUUUUGAAACAAUUUCUACAAAUGUUAUAGAAAAUUUACUUUUCUUCUUUUUUUAAAUAUUAUUAUUAUUCUAUUUAUUAAGGCUACAUUAAUAAUUAUUGUAAUUAUGUUUUUACACAAAAAAACCAAGCAACCAACCAACAAACAAACAAAAAUCAAUGAAAACAAUGUACUAUAAUUAACUUUUAAAGCGAAAACAAAACAAACAAAAAUCACAACAAAACUAUUUUGUAAAUUUUUCUAAAAAAAAAACAACAAACAAAACAUUAGUAAUUCUAUUGUUUAUGUUUUAUUUUUUUAUUUUUUACAUACAAGCAUUAUACAUACAUAUAUAAAUAUGAUGAAGAUGAUGAUGAUAAUGAAAUGAUAAAACUAUCUAGUUGUUUACUCUAGGAAAUCUUAAGGCAAUUUUAAAAAUUCGUCAAAAACAUAUUUCCCCCUCAGUGUUUCGUUUGUUUUUCUUUUCUUUUUUUGUCAUAUACAUACUUGUCCCCUCCCCUUCCCCCCCAAACGUCUUACUCUCUUCAGUACAUCCUUUUUGUAUGAAGGCCAACUAAAGAUGAAUAGGAUAGCAAAUCUAUUUCGUAAUUGAAAUGGAAAUGAUGAUAUCUUAAUUAAGAGUUAUGUAACAAUGAAACAAAAACAACCACAAACAACAACAAUGUUUUGCUGUAAUCUAAAGAAAAAUGAAUAAUGUAAAAUAAAAGAAAACUUGGCUACCAAAGUGAUUUGGUAAAAAAAUAAUCAAAAA